GACUGUAAACAAGCCAGUGGGCUUGACGUGUGAUUUUUAACGUGUUGGCGUAGCCUACUAGAUAUCUGAAGUUCCGAUGGUGGUCUUAUUUUUUAACGUAUAAAACAUGCGUCUUGUCAUGUCUUUGUGGUCGAGCAGUAGUCAGGCAACUGUCGAACCCCACAAGCCAACCGACCAAAUAAGGUCCGUUAACGGUUAACAUCGUUAGUAGCAGCCGGUAACGUUGGUGUUUUACCUCAUUUGGUAUUUACCAUUAUGGUAAGCCAUGAUAAAAUGUUUGUCAGCAGAUGUCCAGAGCAAAAUUCGCUCUGGAAUCGCCAUAUCUUCGCUUCAGCAAGGCGUUGAAGAGCUGCUCCUGAACAGCGUGGACGCGGGGGCGACAUGCGUGGGGGUGCGGAUGGACAUGAAGGCGUUCAAGGUUCAGGUGGUGGACAACGGGUCAGGGAUGGACCUGGAUGACCUGCAGAGGGUUGGAAACAGGUACUGUACUAGUAAAUGCAGUUCCAUGGAGGACUUGGAGAAUCUGAGGUUUUAUGGGUUUCGUGGGGAGGCCCUUGCAAGUAUAGUUUCUCUAGCGACCCUGGUAGAGAUAUCUUCAAGAACAAGACUAUCCGUUAAAACACACGUUAAGGUCUUCAAGGAUGGGAAGGGGUUGGAUGUCUUGGAAGCGGAGUCUUCCCGUCCCUCCGCCGGGACCACAUUGACUAUUUGCAACUUUUUCCACAACAUGCCAGUCAGGAGGAACAGAAUGGACCCCGUCCUUGAAGCGGAGCGCAUCAGGCACCGGGUGGAGGCCAUCUCUCUGAUGCACCCGUCUGUGUCUUUUACUUUGAAAAACGAUGUGACAGGAGCCAUGCUGGCCCAGCUCUCAAAAGCCAGAAGUACAUACCAUCGAUUUGUCCAGAUCUAUGGCUUAGGGCGAGGACAGCAUCUGCGAGAAAUCAGUCACAGCCAGGCACAAUUUAAAAUCAGCGGUCACAUAGGUAUAGAGGGUCACUACAACAAAAGCUUACAGUUCUUGUAUGUGAAUGAAAGGCUACUUCUGAAAACACGCCUUCACCAGUUGCUCAAUUUCCUCCUCCGGAAGCUUAACAGUUCAGGUCAGAAGAAUGAUAGCCCAGACGGCCAGUCGAUAAUCAGGAGCCCAAAGCAGAAAAGGGGCCAAGAACUACAUCCAAUAUAUAUCAUAAAUAUUAAAUGCUGCUACUCAGAAUAUGACAUUUGUCUUGACCCAGCCAAAACUCUCAUAGAGUUUAAAGACUGGGAUGGGAUUUUGAUCUGUUUAGAACAGGCUGUUAAAGCCUUUCUAAGCAGAGAGAAUCUGUUGGCUGACCCCUCGCAAGAAGAGUUAGACUGCGCUCCUCAAAGCCUGCUGUGUACAUCUGAGAAACCAGUGAACUUGGGUUUCCACGGUACCCAAUUAAUAACAGCAGAGGCCUCGCUCAGCCACACUGUCUGCGGUACGCUUUCAUCCGGCCCGGUUCAUCGUAAAGUUGUUGUUGUCGACGGUGCGCUUGAAGAAAGUGUGGCACAGACAUGUGUUCAAGACGACAACUCCAGUAAGGCAGCCACGUUGGAACCACUCGAGGAAGACGCGGGUCCGCCGGAAAUGGAGACGAUACGAAACGAAAGGCCCGCAAGCGUAGAAUCCAGGGGUGGAGCUGGGGCUCAUGGGAGUGGAUGCGUGAGUGGAGUGGAUCAGGUGGACGGCGGUCCAACUGAAGACCAUGGGGAGGGAGGGGUUUGGCACGCUGCCAAAGGUGGCAGUUUUACUGCGUCGCUAGACAAUGGACAAGAAACAUCUGCGCAUCGAAUUGUAGCUCAUCAACAGAGCUCAAAUACACAUGGAGAAUCCGUGGAAGGGUUCAGAAAGAUCAGUCUAGCAGAUGCCUACAUUCAUGAAAGUCUGCCAGCUAAGAGCCACGAUGAUAGGCCAACGUUUUGCACAACAAAAACAUGUAAACAGAGCAUAGGCUUGAUGAAACGCAAAGUGUCGGAAGUUGACUACAUCCAGUCUAGUCAUAAAGUAUACUUGGACGAUGGUUAUAACAUUGCUUCAAAGGUUCCCAAGCUUACAUGUUUUAGGAAGUUAUUGUCUAAGGAAUCUGCAUCUCUGGACAGGUUUCGAAGCACAUACUGCAAGCCAAUAGGGGAGAAAAGGCUUUCUAUUGCAGCCUUCAGUAGCAGCAAGCAACCACAUUCCCUAUUGCCUCAGACUGGGGACAUCUUUGUCCCUGGCAAGGAAUUCCCCAUUGCUGAAAACGAGACUCAAAAUACAGACAUCCCGGACCCUGUAAUAAUUCAGAGCGAUGUUCAAAGCCUUCCUACCUUCUCUAUAUUCAUCAAGCGGAAGCCUAUCUUAGACAAGACUGGAGGUGGUGAAGUUUCUCUGGCAUCAAAACUUAGUCAUCUGAAACAACAGCGAGUGGUUGACCUGCAUCAACAAAGCCCUCUUCAGUCUGAAAUGAUAGAUACUAAGGUAGACGACAACGUCCAAGACAGCAACAACAACAACUGUUCUCCCAACCGGACCUGUGGUGGACCUACAGCACAGAGCCCUGCGUCUGCCCUACAAGGCACUUCAAGGCCUGAACUAACGACCGGGCCGGAGGGCUCAACGUCCGGAGACUGGCUGGAUCACUUUGACGACACACUGGGCCGGACGGUGUCCGUCAACCAGGUGACCGGACUGAGCCGCUACGAGGUCCCAGCCACGGGGGACACCGAGGUCUGCUGCACUUCGGAUGUCACACGCAUGGCAGUGAACGUUGUCACUGAGACAGGGUUUGAAUAUAGAUGCUACCCAUUUCAGAUGGAGCAAAUCUUGCCCUUCCUUCCCAGAGACAAAAGAGUAGUCAGUUCAGGGGCUGAAAACAGAGGGGGGGAUAAGCUGGAGAACUCUCUUUCCUCCAUGUACUCUAAAUGGAAGAACCCUGUGUUUGACAGGCCUCCUGUGGUCGGUGUAGACGUAUGCAGUGACCAAGCUGACGGUCUGGCUGUCAAGAUCCACAACAUCCUGUUUCCAUACCGCUUCUCUAAAGCCAUGAUUACCUCGAUGAAGGUGAUUCAUCAGGUAGAUAAGAAGUUCCUUGCGUGUCUGAUUAACACUCGGGACACAGAGUCAGCCCAGGACCCAGGAACUGAAGGAAAUCUCUUGGUACUGGUGGACCAGCACGCUGCACAUGAACGAGUCCGCCUGGAAAAGCUUAUUGCAGUGAUGUGUGCGGCUCCCUCUGCAGACUCCUACGAGGACGACCCCGACACGCCCGGCCAGCGGCGCCUGUGUUCCUCCAGCAUCGCGCCGCCGCUGGAGCUGAGCGUGACGGAGGAGGAGCUGAGGCUGCUCAGGGGCUGCCAGGCUCCUCUCCGCGGCCUGGGCCUGCAGCUGGAGCUGCCCACAACGGGGGCCCCCCGGGUCCUGGUGGGCAGGGUGCCGUUGUGUUUCACCGAGAAGGAGCACAACGAGGUGCGGCGGGGCCGGCCGUCCGUCAUCAAGGCCGUCGUGGAGGAAUACCUCAGAGAUCAGCUCGAGAUAUUCUGCUCCACAGGCAGCGUGCGAGGAACUCUGCCUCUCGCGGUGCUGAGGGUCCUGGCUUCCCUGGCAUGUCACGGAGCCAUCAAAUUCAACGACGUCCUGAGUCUGGACGAGUGCCGCAGCCUGGUGGGCUCCCUGUCGUCCUGCCAGCUGCCCUUCCAGUGCGCCCACGGCCGUCCCUCCAUCGCGCCGCUGGCAGACACCCUGUUUCUGGAAGGCGACGAGAAGGAAACACAGAGACCCAACCUAGGACGACUCAGAAGAAUGUACAAGGCUUGGGAGCUUUAUGGACGUAGAAAACUGUGAUUUGUGUAUUU